AUGUUUCGGCGGGCUCUGGUCGUCUUCGCCAUCCUCGUCGCGCUCGUUGGCAUCUUUCUUGCCAGACAAUCUGCUCAAGAAGACGAGGUGUUGGUCAGCGGCCGCAACAACACGGUUCUCAUCUUCACAGACAGCCAUCACGGGCUGUGCAACGUGCAUCUGGCUACAGUCUCGACGCUGAUCGAAAACCAUCCGUCGAUUGAGGUGCACUAUGCUUCAUUCUCCGAUAUAGCAUCGGACAUUGAGCGUAUCACGGAGACUGCAAAGGCAAUCAACCCAGCGGCCAAGAUACACUGGCACCAGUUCGAUGGCGCGGGCAUCGUCGAGGAGAUCAAGGCCCUUGGCGGCCUGCUGGAGAUUGUAACUCCGCCGGGACUGCCUGGGCUGAAGCCGUUUUCGCAGAUGGUCACGUUCUUUCUGACGGCGUGGUCAAACGAAGCUCACUUGAGCCUGUAUCGACAGAGUGUGGACAUUAUCCGGGAGGUUGAUCCCGCAGUCGUGAUCCUCGAUCAAAUGCUCCGCCCAUGCAUUGAUGCCGCUGUGAAUCUCAACCGAACGCGCGCCUACAUCACCCCAAAUUCGUUGUCAGACCUUUUGGGCCCCAUACAACCCCGAGGAACGUACUUUUGGAAAUAUCCUGGUAUUGCUUCGGGUCUUCCUUUCCCAGUCCCAUGGAAAGACAUCCCGAACAACAUGUACCAGCAGGUGUACUUCAUCAUCAACUUCCUCAUGUCGCCGGUCAUCAAGGCCAAGCGCGCCUGGCUUCAAGAGCAGGGCAUCCCGCGAGCCAUCAACGUCUUCGACAUGAUGCGGCAGGACGUGCCGUGGAUUGCCAUGAGCUACCCCGAGGCAAACUUUCCGCUCGAGUUCAUCCCGGACAACUUUCGCGUGGUUGGCCCGCUGGUGCUCGACGUGGCACCGGCCGAGACGCAGAGCGCCGAGCUGGCGGGCUGGAUCAAGAAGGCGCCGACGAUUCUCGUCAACCUGGGCAGCGCGUUCCGAUAUGAGGAGCCGAGGGCUCGGGUCAUGGCGGAGGGGAUUGCUGCCGUGCUGGAUGCCACGGAUGCUCAGGUCCUGUGGAAGAUGCGCAAGUCGAAGGAGUACAGCGACGACUUCUUGGGGCCGGCGAAGAAGUACAUUGACGAGGGUCGGCUGCGGCUGGAGUCGUGGCUGGAUGUCGAUCCGACGUCUUUGUAUAACACUGGGGAUAUUGCGGUGUCGGUGCAUCACGGAGGCGCCAACUGCUUUUACGAGUCGGUCCUUGCCGGCAUCCCAAGUGUUGUGCUCCCGCUAUGGGCCGAUCAUUACAGCUACGCACAGACGGCAGAGCAUCUCGGCGUUGGCAUCUGGCCCAACAAGAAAACGGCGCCAGACUGGGAGGCAGCAGGCCUGGCCGAGGCAUUCCUGGAGGCGCUGAGUGGCAAUAAGAGCGUGACGAUGCGCCAGAAUGCCCAGGCUAUUGCGCUCAAGGGACACAAAUAUGGGGGCCGCAAGUUGGCUGCUCAACUGGUUGCUGAGAUGGCCGCAGGGGGGAAGUGA